GCGCCUCGCUUGUUUGCGCCGAUGGAGCUGAGCUGCGGCCGGCCCGCGGCAGCGCUGCCCGGGAUGGAGGCCGAGAGCCCGGGCGAGGACUACGAGAGCCUGCCCAGCGGCGCCUCCCUUUCCACCCACAUGACGGCCGGGGCGGUGGCCGGCAUCCUGGAGCACACAGUCAUGUACCCCGUGGACUCGGUCAAGACCCGAAUGCAGAGUUUGCAGCCAGAUCCCAAAGCCCAGUACAAGAGUGUGUAUGGGGCCCUGAAGAAGAUUAUUCACACUGAAGGCUUCUGGAGGCCUUUACGAGGAAUUAAUGUCACCAUGCUGGGGGCUGGCCCUGCCCAUGCAAUGUAUUUUGCCUGCUAUGAAAAAAUGAAAAGGACUUUAAGUGACAUUAUUCACCAUGGAGGAAAUAGCCACCUGGCCAAUGGGAUAGCUGGGAGCAUGGCCACAUUGCUCCAUGAUGCAGUAAUGAAUCCAGCUGAAGUGGUGAAGCAGCGAAUGCAGAUGUACAACUCCCCCUACAAAACAGUCUUGGAGUGCAUACGGACAGUGCAUAGGACUGAAGGACUGGCUGCCUUCUACCGGAGUUAUACCACACAGCUCACCAUGAACGUCCCCUUCCAAGCCAUUCACUUCAUCACAUAUGAGUUCAUGCAGGAGCAAAUCAACCCGCGCCGGCAAUACAACCCCCGCUCGCAUGUCCUCUCUGGUGCCAUCGCGGGAGCUGUGGCUGCUGCUGCCACCACACCCCUUGACGUCUGCAAGACGUUGCUAAACACUCAGGAAAACAUGGCCUUGAGUUCGGUGAACAUCAGUGGGCACCUCUCAGGAAUGGCCAAUGCUUUCAGGACAGUUUAUCACCUGGGUGGUAUCCCCGGGUAUUUCCGAGGGGUGCAGGCUCGUGUCAUUUACCAGAUGCCUUCAACUGCCAUUGCGUGGUCAGUGUAUGAAUUCUUUAAGUACUUCCUUACGAAGCACAAGCUGGAAAAAAGAGCUCCUUAUUGAAAGACUUGACUAGAGCGAGCCUAAGGUUCAGAUGACAUUUGUAUAAACUCUGAGGGAUUCGCUCAUGUUGUGAAACAUGCAAGAUUUCUUGUGGAUUCACAAUUGAAUUUCACUGUUCUGUCAUUGGGGGUGAGGGGAAUUAAGUGGUCAUUGGAGAAAUUUGGCACCCUCUUUGCUAGAAUCUGAAGACUUUUUAAAAUAUAUUUAUAGCUUUAGAGAAGUGAAAUUACUGAUAUUUUUUUUUUCCUCUGGAUAAGCUCUAAGAUGUAGUGUUACCACUUCACCAGAAAACUUGGACUGCACCAGGGGGGAAAAAAAUGGUAUUGUGAGAUAUUUUAUAGCAAAGAAAUUAAAUAUCCUGUCACUAAACAAACUUUUAUAUAUGAUAUAAUAUAAAAUAGGUGGAUAAUGUUUAUCCUUUAUUUUUCUAUGUAGGAAUUUUGUUUUAAUAAUAUUACAGCUGGAAGUUGAGCUGUUAAAAAAAACAAACAAACUGAAUGCUUCCAUCAUGACAUGUAAGAACCAAAGCAUUUAUUUUUGUUUAGCCAGAAUGGCUUUAAUCAUAGCAUUUAACCCAAAACAGUGGCCAGGAUUUUCAUUUAUAUGUAGGUAAGCUGCCUCCAGUUUUAUGGCAUCCACUUGACACCUUAAAAGGGCCCGACUUUUAGAAAGGGUUGAGCAUAUGCUUUCUGAAAAUGGUCUGUUUAAGGGAUCUCAAGUUGGGCAGCGAAAAUCUGUGGUUGCUCUUGAAAAACCUUAGUUUAAUUGUUACUCCCAUAGCUGACUUAUGAUUGUACUUGAAAGAUGAGCAUUUUUGGCAAACUUAUUUUAAAGGUACAUUUUUGUGGUGUUCUAAUAGAGAAUAGGUUUCAUUGCUCUUAUUUAUUCAUAAUCUUAUUUUCCACUAACGCCUCGCUCCUGCUUACAUAUGAGUAACUGUGCAGGACUCAUGAUUGCUUACAUGCAGAACGUUACUCUUGUGCAUAAAAGUGUGCAGGAGCAGAGUAUCGGUUUACAGUUCUGUAAGACAACUCAUCUUGAAUUGUAAGAGUUGCAUACUGACCACAAGGAAACUGUCAAUCACAAUGCAAAAUAAGCCCUUGGAAAGUGAAACCUUGAACAGGAGAACAGCAGAAUCAAAACCUUUUUUGUAAAGCAAA